CAGUGUUCUUGAAUGCCACACGCCGGUUUCAACGGGAAGUGACGUCACGCGUUGAGUCGAGUCUUCUUUUUGUCGUGUGGUAGCAGCACCAGCCAUCAAAGAUGACUACAGCUGCAAGACCGACGUUUGAGCCUGCAAGAGGAGGAAGAGGUAAAGGAGAAGGUGGAGGUGAUUUGAGUGCUCUGUCCAAACAGUAUUCCAGUCGAGAUCUUCCGGGUCACACCAAGAUCAAGUACAGACAACCUACCCAGGAUGCCCCAGAGGAGGUGCGUGCCCGUGACUUCCGCAGGGAGCUGGAGGAGAGGGAGCGUGUUGUUGCACGUGAAAAGACCAGAGAAAGGGGACCGAGAGAGCACACCACAUCGUCAUCAUCUUCGUCAUCAUCUUCAAAGAGGCCCAGACUGGAUCAGAUCCCAGCAGCCAACCUGGACGCUGACGACCCUCUCACUGAUGAUGAUGAGGACGAGGACUCCGAAGAGGAUAGCGAUGACGACGAUACUGCAGCUCUGUUGGCAGAACUGGAGAAGAUUAAGAAGGAGCGCGCUGAAGAGCAAGAACGCAAGGAGCGUGAGCAAAAAGCAGAGGAGGAGAGGAUUCGCAUGGAGAAUAUCUUGAGCGGAAAUCCAUUGAUCAACUUGGCAGGACAGCAGCAGCAGCAGCUGACCCAGCCUCAGAAUACAUUUAGAGUCAAGAGAAGGUGGGAUGAUGACGUUGUGUUCAAGAAUUGCGCCAAAGGAGUGGACGAAGCACGGAAGGAGAAACGUUUUGUCAACGACACGCUGCGGUCUGAGUUCCACAAGAAAUUUAUGGAGAAAUAUGUCAAGUAACAAACUUAUCUGCUAAUUUUAUUGCUUGUUUUUUUUUUUUUUUAUGGUCUCUGCCCAUCUCUAACCCUCUGUCCUUAGAAUGAUAGAUGGCAUUCAAAUACAUUAAAGUAAAACGUGUACAUAAAUGAGUUGAUGAGUUACACCCUUUGAACAAAGCUGGAUAAAGUUGUUUGUGAUUCAACAUCUGAGUCUUUCUGUAGUUUUUUUUAUAUUAACUUCAAUAAACAAAGACUUAAAGACUGUG